GUUGAAAAACUCCACAAAAAAAGUGUGAGUUAGCAGUAAAUGGCGUCGCAAGUUGUUUUUUAUUCCGAAUCAAUGUGUUUCUCGCCGUUUUGUGAAAUUGUAAACUAUAUCCACGUUGCCAGUGUGUCAUUUGUUAGUGGCGUGGUUAUUUAAGUGACGAAACCAGCGUAUGUUUUGUUGAUACCAGCGUUGGCUUCUAAACAAUGGCGUCCAGUGGCCCGCUGGAUUCCCAUGUAAAAGUUGGUGAAAAUUGCGAUUAUACUGACGAUUACUUCAGUGGAAAUAGCGAUGCAGACGCCGGCGAAGCCACUAAACGUCGUCGGGUGACGCACGACUAUCGAAAACUUUCGAAACUGGGAUAUGAUCCAACUAUGUCAACCACUUCGAGACAGGGCUCUACAUCGGAACCUAAAGGCAAAAAGCGUAAGCGCAGCGCAGACUCAAACGAGCUCUGCCUCUUUGGCGACAGCGUCAAGCCCGCCAAGCUCACCAAGAUCUGGCCCGUGUUCGACUCCGGAGGGUACGGCGACGCGGCCAUCCUGACUCUUCACAUCCUGCAGAAAACUCCACCUAUCCACAACCCGCUACUCUUCACCAAUGAUGGCUUCAGUCUCUCCGCCCUCCAAGACUUCGGAUUAAACGCCUCUUGGAGGCAGACACAGCUGAACAAGAGCUUUCCAAACGAUGAAGUCACUAGGAGAGUCUUCGGCUCCGUCUCAAGACAGUUAAGAAUAAUCAAUGCGCAUUUCCACCAAUCCAUGUUCAAAUACAAAUAUCCAAGAGUCACUCGACAGAAUGUUUUACUGGAAAACACAGUUAGAAGGCCAGUGCAUUACAGCUUGACUAUGAAAGCUAUUCGCUUUCAACCGACUCCGAGGAGAGACCUGCCUUGUUAUGGAAACUUGGAGUUACCGUUCAAAGUGAAACAGGAGACAGGGACGGCGCCGCAGAUAUUUGUGACGAGCGGGAGAAGUGUUGGUGACAAAGUGGAUGUUAAACUGAAAGUAGAGGAUAGGGUUACAGUGGAAAAGGAAAAGGAGAAGGAGAGAGACAAGGAAAGGGAGAGGGAAAGAUCGUCCCACUCGUCCCGGCAUUCGUCAUGUCACCACUGCCGGCGGCGGGCGCGCAUCAAGCGCGCGUCCAUCGGCGUGCAGUGCCGCCGCCCCGCGCCCGCGCUCGCGCCCGCCCUCGUCGACCCGAGAGACGAGAACCCCACGCUCAAGGGACUUAAAUAUCACAGACUAAUGCGGGUAGACACACAUCCAAACGGUGGCGCGAGUGUUGUCUAUUUGCAUCAGAGGGACGUCGAUAUGCUGUCUGCAAGCCAGCAGGAAUCGCUCGCCAAAGAAUUCCUUAAGCUAGUAUUCUCUGAGGACAGCGAAGGCUGGGCGCACCACGUGUGCGGCGUGGUGCGCGGCGCCGCCGGAGCCUUCCCCUGCCUGCUGCAGUACCUGGCCGAUACACAUCCUAAUCUCACUGUCAAGGCUGGGGUCCUAGCCAGGGCGUCGGACAUAGAGACCACCACCAUCAGUCGGUAUUACCAGCAGGUGCAACAAUCAUACGCCGCGGGAACGUUUCGUUGCGGCCCCCUGCACCAGAUCUCACUUGUAGGCACCGUGCAUGAAGAAGUGGGCGGGUACUUCCCGGACAUGCUGAGGAUGCUGGCCGCCAACCCAUUUCUCAAUUUGACAAUGCCAUGGGGCCCGAUGUCCGCAGUCGAAAUGGAGCCCCAGGAGUCCAACGACGGGCCCAUCCUGUGGAUCCGGCCCGGCGAGCAGCUCGUGCCCACGGCCGAACUUGGCAAGAGCCCUAUCAAGAAACGACGGACGGGCAUCAACGAGCUGCGCAACCUGCAGUACCUGCCGCGCUACAGCGAGGCGCGCGAGUUCCUGUUCGAGGACCGCACGCGCGCCCACGCCGACCACGUCGGCCACGGGCUCGACCGCAUCACUACUGCUGCUGUUGGAGUGUUGAAAGCCAUCAGCUGCGGCGGCGACGAGGGCCGCGGCCGCAUCACCAAGGACGUGGUGGCCUUCCACGCGGCCGACUUCAACAAGCUGGUGCAGCUGCUGCAGCUCGACCUCUACGAGCCGCCCAUCUCGCAGUGCGUCACGUGGCUAGAAGAAGCAAAACUUAACCAACUGCGACGAGAGGGUGUCCGCUACUCUCGCCUGCCGCUCUGCGACGACGACAUAUAUUUUCUGCCGCGGAACAUUAUCCAUCAGUUCCGGACCGUCUCAGCGGUUACUUCAGUUGCGUGGCACCUGCGGCUGAAGCAGUACUACCCGGCCUCCUCGGCCUCCUCGCCCGCCGACGAGAGGCGAGCUCCCGAGGCGCCGCCCGCGCUAGUACAGGCCGAAACCAAGAAAUCAUCAACAACUAAACACAAAAUGGGCGUCAUUGAAAUGCGAGCGCUUAGCGCCAAAUUCCAAGAAGAACCAGCUUUGAAGAUAGCAGAGAACAGAAAAAGCACAGAAACUCAAACCAAGACCGAAAAAACAGAAGAGAAAAUGGAGAAAAAAGAACCUAGAGAGAAAGAGAGAGAUAGAAUGGAACGGACAGAUGGAACUGCUAAAGUCGAGCGGUCAGAUGAUAAACACAGAAAAGAUGAUAAACAUAAAGAACACAAACACGAGCAUCAUCGGAGACACUCCUCAUCAAGUCGACACAAGUCGAGCCAUCACAAGUCUGAGCGUCGAGACAAGUCUAAAGAACGCAGGAAAGAGAAGGAACAUAGGAGAGAUGAGAAGAAAGAUAAGAAUAAAGAGAAGGAGGUUAAACAGGAGAUAGUGAACCGUGCGCCGGACUAAUUGUGUUGUGGUGGGGGCACUGAGUUUCAAGCCCUUCGUACAAAGGUAUGUACAAUGUGUUAACUAUGGCCACCGGAUGUGAACAGUUUAGUACAUUGACCUUUCGUUCUACGACUAAAUGUUGGGCGCCAAUGUGACCUUUUGUGCUAUAUUAAGGAAAGAACACUUAAAAAACAAAUAGUGAAAGUUAAAAGCAUAUUUAAAUACAGAAAAUAGCUUAGCAGCCUUUGGGUAAGCUGGAGAUUUUAAACAUGUAAAAUAAGGUGCUCAAAUUAGGUAUUCCGGUGGGAAUGGAGUUGAAUCGCACCACUGAUAUAUAGGCCGGCUUUGGAGCAGAGAACUCCAUGUAUUAAUCGUCUGAAUUUAUUUUUAGGGUGACUUCUCUGACAGGCGAAUAUGUUAUAUAUAUGUUUCAACCAAAUUGCGCGUGAGCGACAUGAAAUCGUAGCAAAAGGUCAACGUACGGAACUCUUGUACUCGGUGGUCGCACUUUAAGGAAAGAGUUGGCAACACAACUAUAUUCCUAAAAUAAUCUAAUUUAGAUCAUUAUGUAUAUCACCUUAUACGCAGGGCCUUAAAUAAGUUGUGUGUUAGAUUCAGACUUUUACUGACUGAUUUUUAAUAUGUAUUUAAAACUGAAGGGUAAAUGUGUGUACCGUUACUAAAAAUAAACUUUCAAACUGUUAUUUCGACAUCGAAAUAGUAUCGAUAGUUGUUGCUCUGUUGGUUACUUUUUUUGUUCUAGCUUGAAAUGUGCUAAAGUUAAUGUUUGGACAUUUAUGAUAAAUUAACUUAAAUAAUACCUGUUAUUAUGUUAUUAUUGUUAUGGUCCCGGGUUCAAAUCCUGGUAAGGGCAUUUAUUUGUGUGAUGAGCAUGGAUAUUUGUUCCUGAGUCAUGGGUGUUUU